UACGCUAACAAGGUCGUGAGGAGAAGAGUGCACGCAAACUGGGGUGAGUGUUUAUGGCUCUCAUGCACGAAAAGAUUCACGCACUUUUAUUUAUUGGUGAAUAACAUCUAUGGGCUAGCUAGAUCGAUUUCAUUGGUUGAUUGAGUAAGAAUGCUGAAAGAACAAGCCGUCUUGGAACGUGAUGCUUGCAUAACUUGGUUGACACAAGACUAUUUAAGGACACUCGAUAACUAGUAUCUUCACUUAUCAACCUGUUCGUCUUUAAAGGCACAUCCAAGAAUCGUCGACGAAUAUUGUUGAAGACAAUCUUCUUUUCGAAUUUUGAACUUAAUUGUUUCUACCGAAAGUCUCCAAGAUGUUGGACGUUAGUGCAACCACCUCGAUGAGUCCUGGGUCUCAGUAUUUGAGUCAGACCAUUGCAUCUUACUUCCUACUCGUCACUGUCGUUAUUCUCGUCACCCGAGUAUGGUUAUCAGAAUCAUCUAGGCCUAAAGCAAUCAAGAUGAAGUCAUCAUCGAGCCGAGAUGACACAAGACCUCUUCCUGGUCCGUAUGGCAUCCCUAUUCUUGGUAACAUGCUGUCUCUUGGUCGUUCUGAUCCACACCUUUCUCUCAUGAAUCUCGCCAAGAAGUUCGGAUCCAUCUUCCAGAUUCGGCUCGGCAGUCGACCAGUUCUAGUUUUGAAUGGUUACGAGGCAAUCCACAAGGCGCUCAUUAAACAAGCUGUGAUCUUUGCUGGACGUCCUAAGCUCUUUACUUUUGAGCUUAUAAAUAAUGGGGGCAAGAGUGAGACAUCGCUGACUUUUGCUGAUUAUGGUGAGUCAUGGAAAGUGCAUCGGAAACUGGCGGAAUCUUCUCUACGCCAUUUCACUGCUGGUAGUCAGGUGAAGUUCGUUGAAUCUGUGGUUUCAACUGAGGCCUCAGAACUCGUCAAACAUAUCAAAAAUAUGGCAUUCGACGAGAACAACAACAACACAACUAGUACCCAAUGCAAAUCUCUUCCUGAGAAUGUUGGUAAUAUCCGAAAUGUUCUUCGCCUUGCUGUUAGUAACGUGAUGUGCUGGUUCAUGUUCAGCAAACGACAUACUUAUGAAGAUGAAGCCCUUCUUAAACUUAUAAGUAUUUCUGAUCGCUUCUCAGCCGCCGCGGCUAGCGGCAAUCCAGUCGACUUCAUGCCAUGGCUCCGUAUCUUUUUCCAGAAAGCAACGAGCGAUUUUAAAGCCAUGCUUAAAGAAUUCCGUACUUUCGUGACUGGAAAUCUUCUUGACGCCCAUACGGCAGAAUACAAGGACGGUUCUGAGCGUGAUAUCCUUGAUCAUCUCGUUACAUCAGGACGACGCUUCAACCAAGAUGAAAAUAAGAAAACAUCCAUUGAUGAGGGAGUGUUGCUAGAUACUUGUUUUGACUAUUUUGGAGCUGGGUUUGAGACUGUAUCAACUACCUUUGAAUGGUGUUUACUCUACAUGGCUGCAUAUCCUGACAUUCAGUGCAAACUCCAGCAAGAAAUCGACGAGAUGGUGGGUCAAGAUCGAAUACCAUCUCUUCAAGACCGUGAUAAACUACCUCUUGUGCAAUCUUGUAUCCUAGAAAUAUUACGCCACUCCACCCCCGUCACUUUCGCUAUCCCUCACAGUACUACCUCCGAUACGGUCCUCGACGGUUUUUUCGUUCCUAAGGAUACAGUUGUCUUCACAAACCUUUAUUCGGCUCAUUUCGACCCUGAGGUAUGGGAUGAACCAGAAAAGUUCGAUGCGAGUCGUUUCCUAACAUCGGAGGGUUCUAUCGAUCUGGAGAUGAAGAAACAUGUGAUUCCAUUUAGCGUUGGACGCAGACGAUGCAUCGGAUCAGAUUUGGCGCGAAUCGAACUCUUUCUCUUCUUCUCCAUCUUCCUCCAAAACUUUUCAAUCGAGCAUUCACAAGACGGUCCAGUGAGCAUGGAAGGGAUUGACGGGUUAGCAAGACGACCAAAACAUUUCAAUGUCAAUUUAAUUUCAAGAAAAUAAACCGAUCUAUUAUUUCAAGUGAAUUUAUGUUUAUUUAGAUAUAGUACCAAAGAGUGUAUCGCGCAUAGACUAUGAAUUAAUUGUAUUGAAUGUAAAUACAAACCAAAGACCUACAGUGCUGUACACAAUAUUAAUAUUAUGUCAAUAGAUGAGAAUUUUUAUUUUCUGUAUAUCUGUAUGUCAUAUCUCAUGUAUUUCGUUCAAUUUGAAAGUGUUGGUAGUGUUUCAUGAAAAUCAAACAAAUCGUUUUAUAUCGAUGAAGUUUAUUUUCGGAUAGUGAAGUUUCAUUCAGUACAAUGUCUUUCAAUAAAUGAUUGUCCAGUUGUUGUCAAGUUCUCGUCAUAUACCACUCAAUUCUGUCAUCAGCAUGAUCAGUCACUGCGUUGUUACCUCAAUUUACUUGGCGAUAAACUUAGAAAGCCAAAUUGUAAACAUGUAAAUGCAAGCCUAUAUGUAUAUAAUUAUGUAAUGUUUAUUAUGCACAUAGUUCAAAAUAUAUGUGAAGGGCCCAAAUAUCAAACGAAUAGACAGAUGUAAAGCGGAGACAUAGUUCACAAAUUUGAUGUCGAUAAUUCGUUCAAAUCUCGAAUAAGGAUUUUUUGCGAAAUAUUGAUAUUGGUAGUGAUGUCUUCGUUUAUUUUAUCAAUUCUUUAAAAUAUCGCGUAAUGCGGAGUUAUUUCAGUAAAAAAAUAGUUAAUAGGGUCAGCUGGGUGCAACUGUUAUUCUAGUCAUAUUUGACUAUUCA